GUAAAGGAAAAACCUGUAAAGGAGAAGCAGUCAGAAGGCAAACCGCAGAAGGAGGAGGAAAGCAGACAAAAGCCAAGAGAAGAAGAAAAGUCUGCACGGGAAGAAAAUAGAGAACACAAGGACAAACCUACAAGGAAGGAAGAGAAAGGUUUCCGUGAUAGGGAGGAACGUGUUUCCAGAGAUGAGAGUUCUUUCAAGGACAUUAAACAAUAUAAAGAUGAUGAGCCACAGGGUGAUGAGCGACGUGAAAGAAUGCAGCCACCUGCAAAGAAAAAACGGGAUGAAGCUUUCUUGAAUGAGCGAGGAGAAAGAUACAGAAACAAUACUGGUAGAGGAGGACGCGAGUUCGUGCGUGGAAGAGGAAGAAGUGUUGGAAGUCGUGGUUCAAGAGGAAGUUAUCCUGCUAGAGGGGGUAGAGGAGGAAAUCCCAGGGAUAAUAGAAGCUAUGAUAGAAAUGUCCCAAGGUCAGCAGGUGGUCGCAAUGACCGUCGCCCAUACAGCCAGGGCCGUGAUCGCUUUGGUGAAGACAACUAUUAUGCUGAGGGAGAGGAGUUGGAGGCUCCCCGGCGGCGCAGAAUGAAGGAUGAGGACAGUGAUCAUUCUGAACCAAGUGAUUUUGGUACUAGUGAUUCAUCAGGAGAGGUCGACAAGAAAGACAGUAGCACACAGGGUCAUAGGGACAAAGACCGAAGUAAGCGGCCUGGGUCCCGGGAGAAUCGAGGUGGAGACGUUCGUGCUGGAAUCAACCAACACGUGGAUGAUCAGAAGGUUGAUGAUGGUGGUCAUAGACAGUCUCAUGAUGAUGGUGGUCAUAGACAGUCUCAUGAUGAUGGUGUAGAAAGAAGCCAACCAAGACGAGAUGAUAGACGUGAUGAUAGACAUGUUGAUCGACGAGACGACCGAAGAGACGAUCGACGAGGUGAUGACCGUAGACAUGACAAUAGGAUGAACCAAAGAAAUGGAGGAGGCUCCUUUGAACCAAGAGGAGAACCAUCCAGGAGAGGUCGUGGUGGUAACUCCAUGCGGGGUCGUGGAGGCCGCGGACCUGGAGGAGGAGGGCCUGGUGGUGGAGGUGGUGGUCCUGGUGGAGGCGGUCGGAUGUCGUCUGCACCCCCUGGCAGAGGGGGAUUUGGGAAGCCUGGAGACAAAGAGGAUUGGGGUGGAGGGGGAGGAGGUCCCUAUCGGAAAGAAAAUAAAAGACCAGGCCGAGAGCCACCACCACCCAGAUUUGCAAUGAAAAAAGGGCUAAAUUUAAACGAGAAGGGGAGGGGCACUGAUCGUGGUAGAGGACGCGGAAGAGGAAGAGGAGGAAGUGCCCCUCCUAGCAUCAACAAUAAGCGGCCACAGCUUAUCAAACAAAACUCCUCGGACCAAACUAAUGAAGGAAAUGAAGAGUGGGAAACUGCUUCAGAAAGUAGUGGAAUCUUUGAUAAGAAUUCAAAAAACGAGUUUAAGGACAGGGAAAGAAAAGACUCCAACCCUGGUAAAAAAAGUUUCUCAAGUCAGCGUCCAUUUAAUGACCGACAAAAUAGAAAGGGAAAUCAACAAGAUGGUGGUAGCAGGCGACAGAAUGGUGGUGUAGAUUACAAUAGAAAUUCUGGGAAGGAAAGAUCACCAAAUCAUCUUUCAAAAAAUGGGAGUGGUCCUAGGGCCCCAAACGGGGGUCCUAGGAAACCAUAUAGCUCAAGUAAGAAGGAAAACAUUGCCACAGUGUACAGAGUGGAUCAAGUGGUACCGAACAACCAGAAUGCUAUCAACAAUGCCAUUAACAAUCUCAAGAGUCGUCCGGGAAAGAAAUCGGACCUCACAGAUGUUUCAAAACCAUUGAAAUCUGAAGAGAAGAGAACGAGUGCAUUGGCAAAUAUAGACAUCAACAAUUAUGCAAGUAAGUAAUACUAAGUGGCAUAC